GCAGGGUUGGGACCCGGGGGGCAUUUCCAGCGGAGCCACUCGGGGAGGUCACUGCUCUGUGGGGUGCUGACAGUGAAGCCAUGGCCGAGGAGCAGCGGGACCUCAUCUCCGACCGUGGCAGCGGCGUGGUCAAUGUGACCACCCAGAGGUCUGCUGUGGGCCGUAGAGCUGCCCUCUCCACGCUUUCCGUCCUGGUGGCCCUGCUGAUUGCUGGCCAGGCUGUCACCGUCUACUUCAUCUACCAGCAGAGCGGGCAGAUCAGCAAGCUGACCAAGACAACCCAGACCCUGCAGCUGGAGGCACUGCAGAUGAAGCUGCCCUCCAAUGCCAAGCCAGUGAACAAGAUGAAGAUGUCCAUGGUGGACACAUCUAUGGCCAUGAGGGUCCUUCCUCUUGCCCCCUCUGCAGCUGAUGUGGACGUGGCCCCGCCUGCUAGCAACAAAACUGAGGAUCAAGUGAAGCACCUGCUGCUGCAAGGAGACCCCAAAAAGAUGUUCCCAGAGCUGAAGGACAACCUGAUGGGCAACCUGAAGAGCCUGAAGAAGACCCUGACUGAUGCAGACUGGAAGGCCUUUGAAUCCUGGAUGCACAAGUGGCUGCUGUUUGAGAUGGCCAAAAAGCCCAGGCUGGGGGACCGUAAGGAGAUCCCAGCAGUGAAAGUGCAAACUAAAUGCCAGGCGGAGGCCAAUGCUGGGGGGGUCCAUCCGGGCCGGUUCCGCCCGCAGUGUGAUGAGAAGGGUGACUACCUGCCCCGGCAGUGCCACGCUGCCACCGGCUACUGCUGGUGCUCCUACAAAAAUGGCACCAGGAUUGAGGGCACUGCCACACGGGAGAAGCUGGAAUGCCCGGAUGUCACCACUGCUCCUGUCACCACUGCAGAGCCGGAGGAGAUGAUCUUCUCUGGGGUGGACAUGGUCAAGCUGGCUGCAGAGAAAGAUGAGUAGAAGAGGACACCAGCAGAUUCCUGUCCCACACUGCAGCACCCCAGCUGCCUUAUUUUUUUUUUCCCUUUAUUUCAUUUCUCCUCUUAAAUUGCUUUCCUGGGAUGAUUAACAGUAGGCACCCCUGCAUGCUCCUGCCCCUCAAGGUGUUGGUUGCAAGUCCCUCCUCUGCUGCAGGGGCUGAGCUGCCAUCAGGAUCAGUGCUGGAGACAAAACAUCCCCUCCGAGGGUGGGUAAAGCAGACUGGAAGGUGAUUUCAACGAGACCCAUAAAUCCUGUUCCUUUUUGGGCAUCAGCAUCUUGCAGCACCUGGGCAGCAGCAGAGUGCACCCCUGCUGAAGAAGGAGCCACUAAUGCUUUCUUAUGCUGAGCAAACAUUAAAAGCAGCCAAACAAAUUCCACCAGCUUCAUAACUGACACUCAUAGGUUGAAGUCUUGUUAGAUUACUGGAGGAGAGGGUUCUUCUUGUGUAGUGCUGUUCUGGGGAGAUAAAUGCUUGCCUUCAGCCUUUGCCAGGAGGUUGGAGCACAGCAGCAGCACAAGGGGCAGAGAGGCUGACCCUGCAGGCAGAGGGGCUUCUAAUAUUUCUGACUAUAUCUGAUAGUUCCUUGAUAAAUGGCCUCACAAACUAAUUAUUUCAAAUAAACCUACGAAUAAGAAA